GAAGAACCAAGUUUUAACCACCAACAUUUGGCUGCAAAUGUCUUGGACAGAUCACUAUUUGCAAUGGAAUAUGUCAGAAUAUCCGGGUGUGAAGACGGUUCGUUUCCCAGAUGGCCAGAUUUGGAAGCCAGACAUUCUCCUAUAUAACAGUGCUGAUGAGCGCUUUGACGCCACAUUCCACACCAACGUGUUGGUGAAUUCUUCUGGACAUUGCCAGUACCUCCCUCCAGGCAUAUUCAAGAGUUCCUGCUACAUCGACGUGCGCUGGUUUCCCUUUGAUGUGCAGAAGUGCACACUGAAGUUUGGUUCCUGGUCUUACGGAGGCUGGUCCUUGGAUCUGCAGAUGCAGGAGGCAGAUAUCAGUGGCUAUAUCCCCAACGGAGAGUGGGACCUCAUGGGAAUCCCCGGCAAGAGGAACGAGAAGUUCUACGAGUGUUGCAAGGAGCCAUACCCGGACGUCACGUUCACAGUGACCAUGCGCCGCAGAACCCUCUACUAUGGCCUCAACCUGCUCAUCCCCUGUGUGCUCAUCUCCGCCCUUGCCCUGCUGGUGUUCUUGCUUCCUGCAGACUCCGGGGAGAAAAUCUCCCUGGGGAUCACGGUUUUGCUCUCUCUUACUGUCUUCAUGCUGCUUGUGGCUGAAAUCAUGCCGGCAACAUCUGAUUCUGUGCCGUUGAUAGCCCAGUACUUCGCCAGCACCAUGAUCAUCGUGGGCCUCUCAGUGGUGGUGACGGUGAUCGUGCUGCAGUACCACCACCACGACCCCGAUGGGGGCAAGAUGCCCAAGUGGACCAGAGUCAUCCUCCUGAACUGGUGUGCAUGGUUCCUGCGCAUGAAGCGGCCCGGGGAGGACAAGGUGCGGCCGGCCUGCCAGCACAAGCAGCGCCGCUGCAGCCUGGCCAGCGUGGAAAUGAGCGCCGUGGCCGCGCCCCCCGCCCCCAAUGGGAACCUGCUGUACAUCGGCUUCCGCGGCCUGGACGGCCUGCACUGCGCCCCGACGCCCGAUUCCGGGGUGGUGUGCGGCCGCAUGGCCUGCUCGCCCUCACACGACGAGCCCCUGCUGCACGGCGGGCAGGCCCCCGAGGGCGACCCGGACCUGGCCAAGAUCCUGGAGGAGGUUCGCUACAUCGCCAGCCGCUUCCGCUGCCAGGACGAGAGCGAGGCCGUGUGCAGCGAGUGGAAGUUCGCGGCCUGCGUGGUGGACCGCCUGUGCCUCAUGGCCUUCUCGGUCUUCACCAUCAUCUGCACCAUCGGCAUCCUCAUGUCGGCUCCCAACUUCGUGGAGGCUGUGUCCAAAGACUUUGCGUGAGCCGACCCGGGCCUGUCCCCGGAGAAACACGCAGAUGGGCCUAGUUUUGGGUGUGGUGAGAAUUGGGGGGCGCCCAUCCCACCAACAUUAAAAGCGACAACUUUGAUGUCUCUUAAGCUGUCAGUCGUGUUGGUUAUGAUGUCUUUGUUACUCUAGGUAAUAGGCUCUUAGCACCUUUCGGUUUAAUCCUCUUGGAUGGGCCAAUCAAUACCCUUGGCACAUCCUUCCGGUGGGUAGCAGGGCCGCAGAGAGAUCAUUUUGCACAUUUGCCCAGUCCUGGAAAACCCCUCAGAGUUUCUGGUGGCUCCACAGGGCAGGGGAGGCCUGUACCAUUGGUUCUGCAUGCCUGCAUGCCACUUGCCAUGAAGGCCCACAUGGAAAUUCAGCAUUUGCUUUUGUCUGCCUACAAAUCUAGAUUGAGACUAAUAAUAAACCAGACUCACUAAAUCCAUUC